GGAAGUGUUUUAAGACGACCUUCAAUUGUCAGAAUUACGUAUCACGAGUGGAGACAGCAUGGCGAAUAAAGAUCCAGGCGGUUUGCUUCAGCAGCUCUGGCAGAUAGCUGGCCGAAUGGCUGGCGGUCCCAAAGGAGCACGCACUGCCAUGAAACUGAUCGUUGGAGCAGGAGUCCUGGCUACUGUUGUCAAAGAGGCGACGUACACAGUGGAAGGAGGGCAGAGAGCCAUCGUCUUUAACCGCAUUGGGGGGAUGCAGAUGGAUACAGUCCUGGCUGAGGGUCUCCACUUGAGGAUUCCUUGGUUUCAGUACCCCAUCAUCUAUGACAUCAGAGCGAGACCUAGGAAGAUUUCUUCCCUAACAGGAAGCAAAGACCUGCAGAUGGUGAACAUCUCGCUGCGUGUGCUGUCCCGGCCGCUGGCCUCCAACCUGCCGUUCCUGUACCAGCACCUGGGCAAGGACUACGACGAGCGCGUGCUGCCCUCCAUCGUCAACGAGGUGCUCAAGAGUGUGGUGGCCAAGUUCAACGCAUCCCAGCUCAUCACGCAGAGAUCGCAGGUUUCCCUCCUGAUCCGCCGCGAGCUCUUCGAGCGAGCCAAGGACUUCAACAUCAUCCUGGAUGAUGUGGCUAUCACAGAGCUGAGCUUCAGCAAAGAGUACACAGCGGCCGUGGAGGCCAAGCAAGUUGCCCAGCAGGAGGCUCAGAGGGCGCAGUUCUAUGUGGAGAAGGCCAAGCAGGACCAGAGACAGAAGAUCAUCCAGGCUGAAGGAGAGGCCGAGGCUGCUAAACUGCUGGGGGAGGCUGUUACCAAGAACCCGGGUUACCUGAAACUGCGAAGGAUCCGCGCCGCCCAGAACAUCGCCAAGACGGUGGCCACAUCACAGAACAGAGUGUACCUGAAUGCUGACAGCCUGGUGCUGAACCUCCAAGAUGACAAUUUCAACAAUUUGUCUUUGGGCGUGAAGUGAGAAGAGACCUCGUCCUCCAGAGAGAGAAAGAGUUAAUGCAUUCCACACGUUAACCAUCGCCGCCACCAGAACCCCCCCCCCCCCCCCCCCCCCCCCCCCCCCAUUUGAUUUCUACUCAGCCACUCAAGCAGUAUCUCCUCUCUGCAGUGCCUGUCCCUGAGUGAGUGUGUGUGUGUGUGUGUGUGUGUGCCCUUGGGCUCUGGGAACGUAGACUUGGGUGGCCUUAACAACAUCAGAACAGUGUGUUUACCCCCCCCCACCCCCUUCCCUGCCCUUUUCCAUCCCUCCCUCUAUUCAGCACGCCUACCCUUAGGAGCAGUCUUUUGUUUAGCAUUGAUGGCAUCCUUGCUCAGAGUGGACAGUGAAGGUCAGAUUUUUUUUCUUUUCUUUUUUUUUAGAUGAAGAUACCUCAACGAAUCGAUGUCUUGUAGAACACUCUGUGUAAUGUAAUGUCAUGUACACAUGCAUAUCUGUAUCUUUGUAGCCCUGUCUAAGGCCUGUUGUCAGGGCAGUGUGUGUGUGAGAGUGGUGUAAAUCAUUUGAACUCUUCUUCAGAGUAGACUCCUCUGAACGACCGGGGUCCAGUUCAGCAGGGACUCAAGCUAGACGCUGAACACAACACACAACCAGAGGCUGCUGACAGCAAGAGUUUGUGUUUAUUCUUUGGCCGCAUUUGUACUCUUGUGUGUCUGAAGGUGGCGUAAAGCAUGUGUGUGGUUUUUUUGGGGGGCGGGGACGGGUGUAGGGUGGUGUAAUACAAGCACACAAACUGAAUUUUGAUUAAAUGUUUAUUUUGGAGUGAAGAAGUGAAUAUUGUGGUUCUUUGAGAAUCAAGGGCCGGAGUGCGGUCAUCUGGGGCCGUAUAUUUCUGUUUACGAAAAUGAAGGUAAUAUGUCACCACUCAAACCAAAAUCAAUAAAGAAUGAUCUUUUAUUCCUUA